AUGGCAUCUGAUGAGCCAUCGCAGAAUAUAAUAAAUCUUUCUUCUGAUGAUGACGAAGAAGUGGAUGAAAAUGUUUCACUUAAGGAUAUUCAAAUUAAUGGGCACGAAAUACAUGAAAGAGGUAAUAACCAAGAUUGGAGACAAGCGAAUAGCAACAGUAACACCACACACAUAAAUCAGCCUCCUAAGCGACAGAGACUUGACUCUUUGUACCUGAAUAACGGCCCGUUUAGAUCGCCGUCAAAACAAGGCAAUGAUUUAAGCCAUAUUGGUAAUUCAAACCAUAUUCAACAACGCCAGUUAUAUCCUAAGACACUUCCAAAUGCCGUAUUGGACCGGACAGUAUUUGGACCACGGUCAGUGCUGAGCAAUACUACUAUCCAAAACCAUCCCAGGCAAUCAGAGCCUCAAUCAAUACCGAAGAAUAAUUUAAUCCAAAACCAAUACAUGCAAGCAGAUCCACAAUCUAUUCCUAACAAUAAUACAAUUCAAUACCAAUCCAGGCAAGCAGAUCCACAAGAGGAUGUAAUCAUUCUCAGUAGCGAAGAUGAAGAUAUGGAUUCAGAUGGAGAUAUUAUGAUAUUGGACGCUGAAGAAGCGUCGCGUAUAGGAAAGUUCAAGACAUCAUCAUUCGAAAGAAAUGCAAACAGGUCAUCCAGAGAUAUGGGAAACUAUGAGGCACCAGCCAAUACUGGCCCAUACUAUUCAGUACCAGCCGUAAAUCCUAAUGAAAUGCAUGUUACAUAUAACAACCCAGCUCCGGUUCCACAUUUUACGAAAGAUGAUGGUCCGGAGGUUGAAAAAUUAAACUUCCAAAGAGCACAAGAAACCCUAGAAGAGAAUGUAAGGCGAAAGGAUGAGCUCCUAUAUAAACAUGAACAACUCACCUCAGAUUUUACAAAAAGUCUGAGACAAGCUAACGAAUUAUUGCAACAUCUAACUUUGCUACAAAGCCAUUUAAAAAGAGAAGAGAUCCAAGAAAACAGAGACGAGAAUACAAUUUUGUCUCUUAAAAAUGAAAUUUCAUUCAAAGGCGCUGAAUAUCAUAAUUUUAGGCGUAGCAAGGAUGCAACCGCCACCUCUCUAAGCGGUAUUGCUUCUAAACUAUCAUGGCUAACUGUUUCUAUACGAGAUGCCAAAUCACGUAUCCAUAAUUAUGGAAAACAUAGAAAUGGUGUUAAUAUUAUCGAUAAUCCAUUUGUUCUUAACAAUAAUUCUGGUAGAAAUAAUUCAGAUUAUGAAAAUGAAUCAAUAAUGAAUAAUCCAUUUGGAAAUAUACCUGGUUUUUCGGCCAAUGUAUAUUCGGAUAAUGAUCAACAGCAUCUCCAAAAUUUAUUAAAUAAUAUAAGACCCGACGAGGAGUUGGAUGAAGAAGGAUUAUCACUCACUCCAUCUGAAUUGGCUAUUACGUUAUUAAAACACCAAAGAAUGGGUCUUGCCUGGUUAUUAAGAAUGGAAGAAUCUAAAUCAAAAGGUGGAAUUUUGGCUGACGAUAUGGGUCUAGGAAAAACCGUGCAAACGAUUGCAUUAAUUAUGGCCCAUAAAUCAGAUGACGAUAAUCGUAAAACAAAUUUGGUAAUAGCGCCAGUGUCUUUGUUGAGACAAUGGGCAGCUGAAAUAGAAUCUAAGAUAAAACCUAAUGCUCAAAUCAAAAUAGCCAUAUAUCACGGUUCAGUGAAAAAAAAUCUCCGUACAUUCAAUUCGUUGAAAAAAUAUGACGUAGUUCUAACCUCAUAUGGUACAUUAUCAUCUGAAUGGAAGAAACAUUACCAAGGUCCGUUAGAGGAAGCUCGUCUUAGUCGGAACCAAAAUGUGAUCCCUGAUUUAGAUGCGGGAGGAACAAGUUAUACUUCACCUUUUUUUGCGACUGAUGCUGUUUUCUAUCGAAUAAUUCUAGACGAAGCCCAGAAUAUAAAAAAUAAAAGUGCAAUUGCUUCUAAAGCACUGUAUUGUAUAAAGGGAAUCCAUCGUUUUUGCCUAUCAGGAACACCUAUCCAAAACAAUGUUGAAGAGCUUUAUCCUAUUUUGAGAUUUUUAAGAAUCAAACCUUAUAAUGAUGAAAGCAAAUUCCGAAGUGAUAUAGUUUUGCCCAUUAGAUCUAAAUCUUCUGGAUAUGAUGAUUUUGACAAGAAGAAGAGUAUGCAAAAGUUAAGGGCGUUAUUGAGAGCCAUUUUAUUAAGACGCUCGAAGAACUCUUUGAUAGAUGGAAAGCCUAUUUUGUCUUUACCCGACAAGCUUGUCACGGAAGAUACAGUUCAAAUGGAGGAUGAGGAAUUAACAUACUACAGAGAACUAGAACAAGGAAUUCAGAAAAAAGCUAAAACUUUAUUGGCAAGUGAAAAGUUAGGUUCGACAUCUAGUAUUUUAACUUUAUUAUUAAGAUUAAGGCAAGCUUGUUGUCACAGUUUCUUAGUUGAAAUGGGGAGAAUGAAGGCCGCGGAAUCUGAGGCUACCAAGACCUUAAUUACCAGAGAUUGGAAAUCAAUGUAUGUCAACAUUCAGAAGUUUGACGAAGAUACCAUUAAUAGAAUUAGAAAUGAGGUACAUCAAGGGAAUUUACUAAAAGGCGAAAAUGAGGGAGAAUCUAAUACUAAUAGUGAUGAAGAUUUGUUUACUUGCCCUAUCUGCUAUGAUGUCUUGGGUUAUGAAAGCAUUGUUUUGUUUUCUGGUUGUGGCCAUAUGAUAUGUAAUAAUUGUAUUGAAAACUUUUUCGAAAGGUUUGAAACUGGAGAUGGCUCUGAAGGAAACCGACUCGCGUCUUGUUUCUCGUGUUCAAAGUCAAUCAAGGAAAAUGAGCUAAUUGAUUAUAACAUGUUCCAUAUGAUUCAUCAGGAGGGCUAUGAUAGGGAUAAAAUUGCAGAAUUUUAUAACAUAAACUAUUCUUCUAAUGGUAAGACAACGAACAUGCAGAAGAUACGUCAAUUGAUACAAGAGAAUAAGGGAUUCACGCCAUCUGCUAAAAUGGAGAAGUGCAUGCAUUUGAUAAAAGAUGUCUUGGAAAAUUAUCCAGAUGAAAAAAUCAUCAUUUUCUCACAAUUUUUAAGUUUAUUCGAUUUGAUGAAACUUGUUCUAGCUAAUGAGAAAAUCCCAUUUUUGAGAUAUGAUGGUUCUAUGUCUCUUGAUGAAAAAAAUAGUACUAUUAAGCAAUUUUACCAAGGAUCUACUAAAGUUUUAUUGAUUUCAUUGAGAGCUGGUAAUGUUGGUUUGACCUUAACCUGUGCGUCACAUGUUAUUAUAAUGGAUCCUUUUUGGAAUCCAUAUGUUGAGGAACAGGCAAUGGAUCGGGCUCAUAGAAUUGGUCAGCAAAGAGAUGUUCGUGUACAUAGGAUCUUAACAGAAGGUAGCGUUGAAGGGCGUAUCAUGACUUUACAGAACGAGAAGAAAGAAAUAAUUAGCGGUGCACUCGAUGAAAAGGGAAUGAAAUCUGUUAGCAAGCUAGGUAGACAAGAGUUGGGGUUCUUAUUUGGUUUAAAUGAAUUGAGGUAA